AUGGCGACCAUCUUUGAGGCCGACGAAGGCACCCCAGACAGCCCGGCUAACUCGAUCAGUCGCCAAGCACACACGCCCGAGAGCUGCUGGGCCUUUGCCGGCGACGGCGACGCCGCCCCGGCCAUCCAGUCGGCCUCGAACGCCAAGGACGCCUCCGAGACGCGCCCCGGCGGCGGCGGCGUCGGCCAGCAGCUCUUCUUCGGCACCGCCGCCGACCUCACCUGGGAGACGACGCUGCCCUGGCUCGCCGCCCACACGGACCUGCCCAUCGUGCUCAAGGGCCUGCAGACGCACGAGGACGCCUACCUCGCCGCCCGCUACGCGCCCCAGGUCAAGGCCAUCAUCCUGUCCAACCACGGCGGCCGCGCCCUCGACACGGCGCCCCCCGCCGUCCACACCCUGCUCGAGAUUCGCAAGUACUGCCCCGAGGUCCUCGGCCAGAUCGAGGUCUGGGUCGACGGCGGCAUCAAGCGCGGCACCGACAUCGUCAAGGCCCUGUGCCUCGGUGCCACGGCCGUCGGCAUCGGCCGCGGCGCGCUCUACGGCCUCGGCGCCGGCGGCCAGGCCGGUGUCGAGAGGACCUUUGAGAUCCUGCAGGCCGAGAUGGAGACGUGCAUGCGCCUGCUGGGCGCGAAGACUGUGGCGGAACUCGGUCCAAGAUUUAUCAACUCCCGGAUGGUCGAGAGGGAUAUCUACGAUGGCGAGCCGGGGCUCGACAAGGGCGGCCUGUGGACAAAGUCGAAGCUUUAG